AUGGAGCGCGGUUGCAACGGGAGGCGCAAGUACGGGCUGGGGCGGUGCAGAGAGUGUGUGAUCCGUCCCGUGAGCAGGGGCACGCGGUGCAAGCUGGGAUGGCGCAAGGGAGGGUGGGAUCCAUCCCACGAGCAGGGCCACGCGCCGAAGCCCACCUCGCCGCCGCCACCCGGACGCGCGCCGCUGGUGACCACGACGUCGUCGACGAGCGCGAUCGAGACCGUGGAGGGCACGCACGUCUUCCACGUCUGCGGCUACAGCCUGCUGAGGGGCGUGGGCCCCGGCAACUACGUGUGGUCGGGCACCUUCGCCGUCGGCGGCUACCACUGGUCCCUCCGGUUCUUCCCCGACGGCGACGCCCGUGGCGGCGGGCCUGCAGGCGGCGGCAAGAGCAAGAGCAGCGGCGACGACGAGUGCUGUUUCCACGCGGAUCUCAUGACCCAGGGAGCCGACGCGAAGGCGUGCUUCACCAUCGGGUUCGUGAACCAGGCCGACGGAUCCACGCGCUGGGAACCGACCACGCCGCUGAUCUCCCUCAGCACCGCCGGCGCCGGCACCGGCAACGGAUCGCCGCCGCCGCCGUCGUCGGCCAGAUUAGUCGUCCCGAGGACCAAGGUGGAGGACUUCGCCGUUCUCCGCGGCGACCGCGUCUCGGUCAUGUGCCGCGUCGCCGUUACCCAAAACCAGCGGGUCUUCGCGGCCGCCGAGCCGGCCGUGUCGAGGGUCGAGGUGCCGCCACCAGACCUGCCGGAGUGUCUCGGGAGGUUGCUGGAGGAAGGAGUGGGGACGGACGUCACGAUUCAUGUGGGAGAGGAGACGUUCGCCGCGGACAGGAUCGUGCUGGCCAUGCGGUCGCCGGUGUUCAGGGCGCAGCUCUAUGGGCCGAUGAGGGACAAGGGGGAGCAGCAGCACCUGGCCGUCGAGGACGUGCAGCCGUCUGUGUUCAGGGCACUGCUGGGAUUCAUCUACACGGACGCGUUGCCCGCCAUUGACGAUGACGGCCUAGAUGAGCAUGACCGAAAAGAGAGGAUUUGCCAUUUGCUUGUGGCGGCAGAUCGGUACGCCAUGGAGAGGCUGAAGAUGAUAUGCCAAGGCAUCCUCUCCAAGAACCUUGCAGUGCACACCGUGGCGGCUAUGCUGGCACUUGCUGAUCAGCACCAUUGUGAUAUGCUUAAGGAGAGUUGCUUUGAGUUCAUCUUCUCUCCUAAUAGGCUACAUGAUGUUGUGGCAAGUCGAGGGUAUGCAGAGCUCAAAACAACUUGCCCGUCAGUCUUAGUGGAGAUUUUGGAGAAGUCAAGUAAGUUCUGCCAAAUCUAG